GGACCGACGAAGGGUUUUGUCGCCGCCGUCGUCGAGGGGGUUUCUAUUCCGGCCAAAUCUGUAAACUUCUUCUCCAUGAAAAUAUUAGAGGCCAAUGCAGGCCCUCUUACAAAUUUUGAGGUGCUCGACUUUCUACGAUCAAAGGGGGCAGCUAAGGAUCCCACUAGGGUUCUUGCAAAAGUGGAACCAUCUGAGUAUAAGGUUUAUGAUUAUUUGAAUCAGACUCCUGCUUGUUAUCAAAGGAGAGAAUCUAUCAUUGAGUUUGUUGACAAGUCUAAAAAGUAUGAUCUCGCGAAAGCUGAAAUUCUCAAUAUCAUCAACUUGCGGCCGACUACCCCGGUUGAGAUUUUUCCGAUUAUAGAGGACAGCGAUGUUCGCAUGGGAGAUGAUGGAAUUCAAGAGCUUACGGAGAUGGUGGAGGGUGUGUUUCCUCCACCUCAAACUCAGCCAACACCUGAUGUUGCUCCAAAGGAAGGUAAAGAGGACGAAGCCAUGGCGGAACAGGAAGGAGGAGAGGGUGGCGAUGGAGAACCCAUGGAAACUACUUGAACCCAGUUCGAAAAUUAGAUGAUAUGUUGGUAGGUAAUGAUUAAUGAGCUCUGCCUAUGCCUGAUUCCCUGAGUUCAGAAGAGCUUUCACAAGGUUGGUUGGCCUGUAAAGGACAUGGUGGCUGUACUGCCAUCCUUCAAGCCUUGACUAUUCAUAAUGUGCAGAUAUGGGUUUCAGGUGAAAGACGAAAUUGAGGGUGACAGUUCCCAAAAAUAGAAUGGGAAAUCAAAGUCAAAGAAAGCUCUUGGGUGUUAAACAAUGGAAAUAGCUGGGCUUCUUUUUAUCACUAUUCUUCUGCUUGUUAAAUAUAAUCUAUUGUUUUUAGACAUGGAAGCAAAGAAGAAGCUGAGAUUUUCGUUUCCCUAGGUUACCUCCCAUUUCCUCAAAGCUAGCAGAGGCACCACAUGCUCACCACACUGAAUUACUGACAACAACAAUACAUGUUCUCAUUAUUUUAGCGUCAUAUCAUGAUACUAGAUAUUGUUAUCUUAUGCAUCAGGCCCCCAAUACUUUAUAUAUUUUUCCCCCAAAUAAUGAAUAUACAAUAUCUGUUUAAAUUA